UCUUGAAUGUUCUCAUCACGCUAAACCACGUAGCUUCCAAGGACGAGCUGGGUUCGUUGCUCUUGGUUUCUUCCGGGAGAGAGAUUAUCGACAUCAAAUGCACUUCUAUUAUAACGUAUCGUUUCUGGAACGUAAAGAAAAUAUCUUACAAGCGGAGUUCCAUAUAUUUAAAUUGCGACCCAAAACUGUCCAACCAAAUAUACUUAAAUCUCAUUUAGUUACGAUUCAAAUUUAUCAAGUUUUGUCACUAAAGAAUAUUGAUGCUCCUUCUAGCCUCAAGUUGAUCGAUGUUCGUCGCCUGAGUGCAUACAGUCACGGUUGGGUAACUUUCACAGUGAUGAGUGCCCUGCUCUCCUGGAUGAACAACACCUCACCCAAUUAUGGAUUACUUGUUAGAGCCACAGUGAUGUCUGGUGAGCCAAUUAAUAGUACGUUUAUACGGUUCGCCCAAAGAAGAGCUCACCAUGAUAGCAAACAACCCAUUUUAGUGGUUUUCACUGAUGAUGGUCUCCAGAAACAUCGCAAUUACAUUUCCCCGACGGAUGAAGGUUACCAAGAAAUAAAGGAAGAUAUACUACGUCACGAACUAGCACAGACUUCGAGAAGACUUGACUUCAGGAAAGCCAUCAGGCUUUUAAACGAAAAAGACCGAUCUGAUUACGAACAAAGUCAAGGUAAUUUCCCUAAUUUCAAAUCACGACAGAAACGGAGUGUGAAAUCGGGAUCAGGAGGCAACAAUACAAGGCACCGUCGACGUCCUGCGCGAAAUAUUUAUCGACGGAAGAAACGAAACUGCGCCCGUUAUGAAAUGUAUGUUGAUUUCAGUGCUAUCGGUUGGUCUGGUUGGAUAAUUUCACCGAAAGGUUAUAAUGCCUAUCAUUGUGCAGGGGCAUGCCCCUUCCCUUUAGGUCAAAGUCACAAGCCUACGAAUCAUGCUACAGUUCAAAGUAUCGUUCAUGCAUUGCACGCCGAUAAAAACGUACUUACUCCGUGCUGUGUCCCUGAUAAACUAUAUUCUAUAAGCCUGCUAUAUUUUGAUGAUGAUGAGAAUGUAAUUUUAAAGCUCUACGAGGAUAUGGUUGCUGCUAGUUGCGGUUGCCACUAGAUGGCAAUAUGACAGAGUCAUUUCAUUUCUCCUUAAGUGCUUUUGAACAUUACAUGGACGUCAGAAAUUCCUUAUUUGCUCACUCUUAUAAAUCUAAACCAUCAUUUCAAUGUAAAGAAAACAAACAAUUAUACAUAUAUAUACAUAUAUCCCAGUGGUAGAUGUCUGAUCAGCAUACCAAUUGAGAAAAUAAGGCCUUCGUUUAAAAGUUUAGUGAACAACUAAUGCCUCAUUCGAAAUUUGGCGAACCGAGUCACCCGUUAACUCGGUUUGGAUUUGCAAAUACAAUCGUUUCCUCUUGAAUUUCUGAUAGUUUAAGGAAAUUCAUGGACAUAGUCACUUCCCAUUUUCUCUCUUCUAAAUCACACACCAAAGCGUUUGGAACUUAUUUGAAAAGAAACCCUUUGAAAUUAUCCGAUCCAUCUACGUUUGUUCAAUUCACUUCAAUUUUGAAAUAUAACUGGAUCGACUUCUCGUCAAACAUCGCUCCUUCGCAAAUACACAUUUCACGUAAUUCUAUUAUUUCUUCGCAGGAAAUCUUUCAAUUUGAAGUGCAGCCGAAUGUUAGGAAAUAGCUCUUUAUUUGUAUCCGACAUUAACAAAUCAUAGAUAUUUCACCUCUCGCUUGCCUUACCUCUUCUCUUUAUAUGUCAAACACGGUAUAACUUUGGUCUUAUACAAACACACACAAAGUGGUGGUGUGAGCACUAAGAAGUAGAGUGUGCGACACGGGUUCAGUUCUUGGCUUAUAUAUUUCGUAUCCCUUCAAUUCUUUUACCCUCGAUGUCUCGUCGAUAUCGGUAACCUAGAGGAAGAGGGCAGGAGAGAGAGUCAGAUGAACAAAGAUGAUUUAUAUUCAAUAUUCCGCCCUAAAACGAAGUUUUCGGUGAUGACCCAAUAAAAUGAAAAAAAAAACAAGUCAAAAUGAAUCAAAAGCAUAUAUGCAUCUAAUGAAUAUAUUUACGUACGUAA